AUGUACGCUGACUGGGACCCUGAUAUGCUGCUAUCGCUGCACCGCAUGCACUACUGUUCCGCUGCCGAACGUGACGAGUGGGCGGCCGUACUCGACGACCGGGAGCUGCAAGCUACCCUUCAGGAAUCUGUUGUUCCAGACGAAAACCCGACCGGUGAAGGCGCACCGGCGACUUCAAGCGCGACGCCAGCAAGCGGCUGCCUGACAGAGGCGGGAACGGUAGCGGAAGGAGCGGCAGGGGCGGUGCUGCCGCCUGGCCCCCCCGCCGACGCGAAUUUCCUUGGUAUUGUUGGUGGCUGCGGCGGCUGCAAGGUGCUCGUGGCUAUUGAGCUGGGUUCACACUGCACGCGCGCAGUCCUUCAUGACGGCAACUCGGAGCUGGUUUCCGUCGUGUCACAAACGGCGUUUGACCUGCCGGGGGGCCCGGACGCGGUCAAACAAGCGAUGUACCGGGCGUCCCACCAUGGGUUGCAGGUACGGCUGACGUACGAUACAAUGCUUGGUCAGACUCAAGCCCCACACAGCGGCGGCUCUAGCAGCAGCGAGGAGCUCCACCCGGAGGCGCUACAGCGCACAUUGGAUGCGAUACAGCGGAUUAUGGCCACGGCUACAGCCGCCGCCGCCGCGGCAGUACCACCAGCAGCGGUGCCAGCAGCUUUGAGCGAUGGAGAUGGAGCUUUUGCAUUGUCCCCUCUGACUGCGGUGAAUACGGCAGGAGUAGUGGCGGGACCCGUCGGCGCGCGUACUGCACCCGCAGGCGCGCUGCCGCAUGGCCGCGUCACGGCGCGUGUUGUGGCGACGGCGGCUGUGCGCGGCGCCGGAGGCAAUAGUCGGGCGGUGCUGGCGGAGGCGGCUGAGCGACUGGCGGGGGUUGUCCACUCGCGGCUUCCCUCCCACCGCGGCUACUCCUCCGAUCCGUGUGUUGUACGUGUCUCAUAUCGCGCAUCUGCCUCUGGCGUUCUGACCUGUGCUGAGGACAGCAUAUUGCAGUACAAUGUGAGCGUUAGGGAGGCAGCAUCACCCUCCGCGGCACGACACGCGGCUAAAGGGCCUGCUCAACAGAAACGCCAGCAACAUGAGCAACCACCACCAGCACCACUACCUGACCACCUUCAGAAACCUGUACAGCAGCAGCAGUCUUUGUUGGUGGUGGACAUGGGCGGCCGAUCCACGGAGUUUGUGUAUGGAACGCCCCACGCCGAACAUCGACCCGCAGCAGUCAGCGUGCCGCUGGGGUGUGUAUCUCUCAGCAAUGCCGCGAGUCACAUGUCCCGGCCAGGGAGGUGCCCAGUGGCGGCGGGGGAGCCCUCGCUAGAGGGCUUGCAGGCGUGUGUACGACUUGCACGGGAGACAGUGGAGCGGUCGUGCAGCGGCAUGCCCUGGCUCCCAGCUAGGAAACCCAGACACAGGAUGGCAACAACAGCAACGACAGCGGUGUUGACCGCAGCUGUCAAUGUGAUCGACAGUGCUGCUAUCAGUGCGGAGCAGCGUGGGACUCCUGCUGCAACGUCAGAGGCACGUGCGGGGCCUAGUUCCGCUGGGGCUGCUACGGCUGCUGCCACCUGCACGGCACAGUCGCCGCUACCAACGGCAUCGCUUCUUCCGCCACCAUUGAUAUCACAUGUCGAAGUGAAGAGCCAUACGGAAGGUACGGAUGGGAGCUGCGUCCCCGUCGCUACCGCCGUCGUUUUUACUGGCGGCACCAUCACCACCCUGGCCGCUCUGCACCAGCAGCUGCCGUACUACGACCGGGCGCGGGUCCAUGGGUCGGUCCUAACAUCGAACGACAUUGUGGGCCUUAUGAUGCGCCUAGCGGACGUCGAGGGGCAGAACGUAUCUCUACAAUCGUACGACUGGUUGACGGAGGCGAGAUGUCGUACACUGGCUGCGGGUUGCGCGGGGUUGCUGGGGGUAAUGGAGGCGUUGGGGGUGGAUGACGUGGUGGUUUCCGAUGCAGACCUUCUUGAUGGGCUACUGUAUGAGAUGCUGUAG